AUCCCAAAAGGGAGCCCAUUUUUCACCUCCUUAAUCUCAUAACUCUUCCCUUGAACUGGGUGCUCAAUCCUCAUUCACAAUGAACAAUCUCAUGACGGAGUCAUUUGAAAGGAUCAGAGGUCGGUAUCCUGGAGAGAAUCAUGUUGAAACAGCAAAUUUAAAUGAUUCUAAUGAUAGGGGGAUGAAGGGAUUCUUUGAAAAGGUAGGGAAGAUAGAGAAACAAAUGGAGAACAUCACAGUCCUUUUCAAUAAACUCCAGGCUACAAAUGAGGAAGCUCAAAGUGCAACAAAGGCAUCAACCAUGAAAGCAUUCAAGGAACAGAUGGAGAAAGAUAUUGAAGCAGUUAAACAGAUAGCAUUGAAAAUUAAGACAAGUCUUGAAGAACUUGACAGAGAUAAUGUAGCUAACAGACAGAAGCAAGGAUGUGAGAAAGGUACAGGCGUCGAUCGGUCUAGAACAGCAAUGACUGUAUCUCUGAAGAAGAAAUUGAAAGAGCGAAUGACACAGUUCCAGGUUCUGAGGCAAGAAAUUCAGGAUGAAUACCGUGAGGUAGUUGAACGGAGAAUUUUCACAGUGACAGGAACUCGGCCAGAUGAAGAGACUAUAGAUCACUUGAUACAAACCGGAAACAGUGAGCAGAUCUUUGUGGCAGCGAUAGAAGGCCAUGGUCGCGUUCAGAUAAUGGAUACAUUGGCCGAGAUUCAAGAGAGACGUGAUGCCUUCCUUGAACUAGAGAAAAGGCUUCUUGAUUUACAGCAGAUGUUCCUAGAUAUGACAAUAAUGGUUGAUGCACAGGGGGACAUGUUGAAUGACAUUGAAACUCAGGUGACCAAUGCAGCUGAACAUGUUCAGAGAGGAAAUGUGAAUCUCAAGCAGGUUAAGAAAUUACAGAGAAAUUCUCGAAAAUGGAUGUGCUUCUCUAUACUGAUUUUGCUUGUGAUCAUCAUCAUCGUGGUUGCUUCGGUUCUUAAGGACUUCAAAAAGAGUUGA